CCUCAGAAAUUUUGUGGCAGCCAACAAGAGCAGUUCUCUUUGUCAGACGGAGAGAUUAAUUUACAAAAAUUCCAUCUCCGUUUGAAAGUUUAUUUGAUUACUUUAUUAUUAAUCCCUGUUUCAACAUCGAGUUCGACUUAUUAAUGUAUAGAAAGUGAAAAAAAAAAUUGUGGCGUGAUUGUGGAAGAAAAAAAAGGAUUUGCUGUCAGGGAAAACUUCUUCUGAUCCACAACAGGGAAUAGCAUCUCAGUUGAUGGAUUGACAGCCCCCCCAAAGGAAAAGUGAUUAGCACAAAAGAAGAAUUUCAAAGCACGUUAUGAGCCUGGGAGAGUCCAGCAGACCGAAAUUCUUGAAACCUGAUGACGAAUCCUUUGCGUCAGAUCGAGACGCCCUUCCAUCCGAUGAUCAGGUGACCACGUUCGUAUUCAACGCACAUCACAAUUUGAAUUUAGCCGAGCAGAGGGAACGUCUUCCGAUCUAUAAAUAUCGCAAUCACAUCCUCCACUGUCUGGAGAAUUAUCAGACAUUGGUGCUGGUGGGUGAAACAGGAAGCGGAAAGAGUACUCAAGUGCCACAGUAUUUGUACGAACAAGGAUGGCAUGCAAAGGGAUUGAUUGGCGUAACGGAACCACGACGAAUUUCUGCUCUCACACUCGCAGAGAGGGUGGCACAGGAACGUGGAGAAUUGCCAGGAGACACAGUGGGGGUGUCGGUGAGAUUUAUUGAGAAGGUGUCUCCAAGUACGAGGAUUAAAUACAUGACCGAAGGAACACUUCUCAAUGAAUUACUGGGAGAUCCUUUGCUCACGCAAUACCACGUCAUCAUGAUCGAUGAAGCUCACGAGAGGAACACCCUCACGGAUUCCCUGAUGGGAUUGCUGAAGAAGAUCAUGGCAAAAAGGGAGGAUUUGCGCGUAAUCAUUGCAUCUGCAACCAUUGAUGCGGAACUCUUUCGGAAUUUCUUCAAUAAGAAGCACCGGAAGAGUGAUCGUGACACUGCGGUGAUUUUGAGUGUUGAAGGACGCCUCCAUCCGGUUGACGUCUUCUACCUCCGCGAACCAUGUGCUGACUACGUGCAAGCCACAGUGGAGACGUGCUUGAAGAUUCACCGGAAAGAGCCUCGUGGGGAUAUUUUGGCUUUUCUCACGGGACAGGAGGAGGUUUUGCGUGCUGUGGCAUUGCUGAGGGAGCAUCAGGAGGCGGGUGAUAUGACAGACAUUCAAGUGCUUCCAAUGUAUGGGACACUACCGAAUUCGGAUCAAUUGAAGGUAUUUUUUGCCCCACCACGGGGUGUUCGGAAGAUUGUAAUUGCAACGAAUAUUGCGGAGACUUCCAUUACAAUCCCCGGGAUUGUUUAUGUCAUCGACUGUGGGUUUGUGAAGCUGAAGUGGUUUUCGGCCGAGAGUAGGAUGGAUUCAUUGGUUGUUGUGCCCGUGAGUCGUGCUGCCGCGGAGCAACGUGCAGGACGAGCAGGUCGGGUGAGGAGUGGCAAAGUCUAUCGUUUGUAUCGCCUUGAGGAUUUCCAGGAAUUACCGGAGAAUACACCACCAGAGAUGCGAAGAACUAAUCUCUGUGCCACAAUUCUCCAUCUCAAAGCAUUGGGGAUUAACAAUGUGCUUCGAUUUGAUUUUCCCUCAGCCCCGCCGGCGAAGAAUCUCCAUGCAGCUCUUGAGACUCUCUACGCUUUGGGGGCGUUGGAUGAUGAGGGGAAUCUCACACGACCCAUUGGCUAUUCCCUGGCGGAUAUGCCGAUUGAUCCGAUGAUGGGGAAGAUGCUCUAUGUGGCCAGUGAGAUGGGAUGCACGGAGGAGAUUCUCUCCAUUAUUGCCAUGCUGCAGGUUCAGUCGGUUUUCACGAAGCCUAUCUCGGGGCAGGGGCAAAUCAAGGCGCGUAUCGCCAAGAGGGAUUUCGAAGUGGCCGAAGGGGAUCUCAUAACCCUCCUCAAUGUCUUCACGGCCUUCGUGGCGGAGGGGAGGACGAAGGAUUUCUGCGGCAGGCACUACCUCAUCUAUCGGAAUCUCAAGCGUGCCUAUGAGAUUCGGUGCCAGCUGGAGAAUCAUGUGCGCAACAAAAUUGGUCUACCGAUGAUCUCGUGCCAAGGGAAUGUUGAAACCCUCUGCAGGUGUAUUGUUGCUGGAUUCUUCGCCAAUGCCGCCUAUAUGCAUCAUUCAGGUGGGUACAGAACCGUCCGGGGGAGUACAGAGCUCAGCAUUCAUCCACAAUCGACACUCUACACGCUGCCCCCACCCAAAUGGGUUGUCUUCUGUGAACUCAUGCACACCACAAAGCUCUUCAUGAAGGAAGUCACUGUCAUUAAGGAUGAAUGGCUGCUGGAAUUGGCACCGCAUUACUACCACAAAAUCACAGUAAAGGACACCGAUGAAUGAGCUAAAUAAUAAAAAAUUCAAACUUUCUUCAAAA